CUCUUCAGUUACUUUCGGGGGCUGCUAGGCAGUCGGGAGAUGCGGAUACUGAUUCUUGGUCUGGAUGGCGCCGGUAAGACGACAAUACUGUACCGAUUGCAGGUGGGAGAGGUAGUGACCACAAUACCGACGAUAGGAUUCAACGUGGAACAGGUGACGUACAAAAACCUAAAAUUCCAAGUGUGGGACCUAGGAGGACAGACCAGCAUACGACCAUAUUGGCGCUGUUAUUACAGCAAUACAGACGCUAUCAUCUACGUAGUUGAUUCCGCAGAUAAGGAUAGGAUAGGCAUAUCAAAAGAUGAGCUACUUUACAUGUUAAGGGAAGACGAACUUGCCGGGGCAAUACUGGUGGUGUUGGCCAACAAACAGGACAUGGAAGGGUGCAUGAGCGUAGCGGAGGUGCAUCAAGCGCUCGGGCUGGAAGCGCUGAAAAAUCGAACGUUCCAAAUAUUCAAAACAUCCGCCACCAAAGGAGAAGGCCUCGAUCAGGCCAUGGACUGGCUGUCGAACGCGUUACAGGCGAGAAAAUAG